ACCUCCACAGUAACGGCAGGCCCAGGCACUGGCCCAGAAGUGUCGCGUUCCCAUCACGUAACACUCUCUGCGCGUGUGCAUACGCUCUGGAGACCCGCCCCAGCCGCCACCGCCCCCAGUGCAUCUUUAUGGUCUCUCCCCAGGGCUUUGCCGUUGGGGGCAGCUACUCCGGUUCUGUGGCUUGGUCCGCCCUGCGUGGCAGCGACAUGGAGGAAUUCGACUCCGAAGACUUCUCCACCUCGGAGGAGGACGAGGACUACGUGCCUUCCGGUGGAGAGUAUAGUGAAGAUGAUGUAAAUGAAUUAGUGAAGGAAGAUGAAGUGGAUGGUGCAGAGCAGACACAGAAAACCAAAGGGAAGAAAAGAAAGGCUCAGAGCAUGCCAGCCAGGAAGAGAAGACAAGGUGGCCUCAUGUUAGAAGAAGAGGAGGAUGCCAGUGAGGAAUCCGGAGGAAGUAGCAGUGAGGAGGAAGACGCGGUAGCAGAGCAGGAAAAAGGCACUGGGUCAGAGGAUGCAAGGAAAAAGAAGGAGGAUGAACUGUGGGCCAGCUUCCUCAGUGAUGUGGGACCAAAAUCAAAAGUGCCCCCGAGUCCACAAGUGAAAAAAAGAGAGGAGAUUGAAGAGAUGAGUUCAAGUAAAUCUGUGAGCAAAGCAGAAGAGCCAGAGAAACCUAAAGAAACAGAAAAAGUUAAAAUCACCAAAGUGUUUGAUUUUGCUGGUGAAGAAGUCAGGGUGACUAAGGAAGUAGAUGCUACAUCUAGAGAGGCCAAAUCCUUCUUCAAGCAAAACGAGCAAGAAAAACCACAGGCUAAUGUCCCUUCAGCUCUGCCAUCCCUCCCUGCUGGGUCCGGAUUUAAGCAAUACAGGAAAACCAGAGCAGGAGAGUAAAACAUCCUGUCCCACAUCCUUUGCUAGCAAACAAGAACAGAUUCACAGGAGCAGCAAAUGUUUGUAACCGAAAAUGUAUUUCCUCCACAUGUUUAAAAUAGCACACUGCGUAGGCUAUAAAAAAACCAUAGUUUAUGCUUUGGGAAUGGAGUAAACCAAACACCCAAUUUGAAUUAGAGACUGACAAGAAGCUCUGUCUACAUUUGGUAAUACAAAGCACAACGCUUAGUGAGUCUGAAUUCCCAUAGUUUCGUUACGCUAAGCUCUUGUUCCAGUUCUCACCCUCUCUCUCUGCCCUCCCCCCACCCAUCUUCAUUACCAAUAUUACUGGCCACUUGAAUCCAGCUUCUCCCAGAGUUUGUGGGUAUCUGGCUAGUCAGCUUUCAACCCCACAUUUAUUACUUACCUUAUUCCAGUAGUGGGCUACUAGUGGGCUGUUAGUCUCAUUACAGUUUAUUAUCCUAGCUAUGGGCAUUAACUUGUUUAAUUAAGGGCUUAUUAUUUAGUUGCCUCCUUAUGGAUUGGGAAUGACCUCAGGCAAUAAAGCACAAGGGUGGAAAACAUCGUUUUCCCAUGUAGUUUUGUCUUAUUUUCUCCGUCUAUGGAGGAAAAAAAAGGCCUUACUGUUGAGUCUCCAACAACAUCAUGGGUGUGUCAGUUUAGCAAUGUUUGCCCAAAAUAUAGAAGAGACAGAAUUCCUCAGUGUCAUGAUGCAGUAGAAGACCAGACGAAAAGCCUGAGAAGAUAGUAAUCCUGACUUUUGUGGUUUGUCAGUAUUCAGCCUAUUGGACCACUCAGUCCCCAGGAACUGUUCAUUCUUGCAACAGUCUUCCUGUCUGAGCAGCUAAUCUGAUCUCUCCCAAACUCCUCUGACAUGAGUUAACAUGACUGGUGGCUGUUUUUAAGUUUUACAAAUUUUCGAUAUAUAGUCUUGAUAGAGAGAGCAUUGAGCGUUUCACUUAAAGUAACAAAAAUCAGAUAUAGCCACAAUAUUAGGUGGAAAUGUCUCUAAUUUUUGAUCAGAAUCUCUUGUUAUGAUGACUGAUCAGACCUCUGACCUAUGUUGAUUUAUUUUUUAGGUCCUUUUAUGUUUAAAGGAGUUGCUUUCAUGCUGAGAGGAGCAUUUAAAAGCUAAAUAUAUUUCACAUUUUUUGACUAACAGGGAAGAAAGGACCCCCAAAUUAUUCACAGCAAGUGUAUUUAUAUAAACAACAACAAAAAAGACAAGUUACCUCAGAAAUAUGACUUCACCUCUUGGUUUGAUGUUCUCAUGAAAUGCGUGAUCAGUUGGCAUGUGUUUGUGUGCCUGGUGAAUAGAUGUACAGUUGACCCUUGAACAGUGCAGGGUUAGGGGUCCGACU